AUGCCAGCCGAGCUCCGUUCCCGUUUCAACUUCGUAUCUCAAUACUUCUUUCUGAUGCCCGGCACUGUUCGUUUCAACAUCGACCCCCUCGGCGUCUGCUUGGACGACGCAGAUAUUUCCUGGGCUCUGGAAAGAUUGGCUGUUGGAAUAUCGUCCGAAUCCAAGGCGAAUUGGAUCAGGAGAACCAACACCGCCCAUGGAAUCCGCCUCUAUAAGAGACCAAAAGAUGGUCUGGAUCUUUUUUCUGGCGGCGCUGCUGCAUCCCUUAACCAUCCUCUCGAUAUGUCUGCAAUACCAUUGUCGUCUGCACCACCAACACUCCUUGAACUCCCAACCGACCUGCUUCACGUCAUCAUCGACCACCUCGACCUCGCGGCCGAGUUUCACCUCUCGCAGACCUGCCGGGCCCUACGACAUCUGACGCACAGAGACUGGAAGACCCUCAUCCCCUGUCUCCCGUACCGAGAGAUACUCCCUUUCUACAUCGGCCUCGCCUACACCAGGCCGGACCACUGGGCCUGCGAGCGCUGCUGCCGGCUGCACCGAAUUCCCAACAUCUCCCUGGCGCCACGCUUUGGGCAGUCGCAGACCUGCGGGAUGCGAACGGACUGGACUUGGCCGGAGGAUCCUACAGACUUGUGGCACGAGGCAUCGCCGAGAAUAGUCGGUGACAGGUUCCUCCUCCGCAAGAAGACGUAUGUCCCGAUCUGGACCUCGGUCGCGGCAGUCAAUGUCUGCCCGCACGCGACACUUGUUUCGGCCGGCGGCCACGGUAUGAUCCCGUUUCUUGUGGAUCGGUUCUGCAACCCCGAGUACGUCAGAGACGAGCUCGAACGGGCGCUCCGCAAUCUCGGGCGGGAGGUCUCCGGACAUUGCAACUACUGCCCCACGGACUACAGUGUCGUGGCCUCGGUCGACGAGUGUACCGUCACGGCUUGGUAUGAUUUCGGAUCGUACGAGCUCGUGAGGUACUACAUGUGGAUGACGCACUGCGAGUCCCCCUCGCAUUGGCUUCUCAAUUUGGAUAAGCUAGCAAUACGCCACGUUCCUGGCAGUGUUCGGGAGCUGUAUUUCAGGGACUUGAAGGAGGAGGAGUAA